ACAGCAGGGUGCAGUACACAGCAGGGAUCUUUUUCCAUUUAAAUGCACACUAACACGCAAUCUUUCGCUCAGUAUAACAGUCUCACAACCUCCACAUAUCUUCAAAAUGCAUUCCUCAUCAAAUUUUUCCUCAAACCCAUCUUCAAUCCGUGAAAAAUUACACAUAAACUCCAACAAAAGCAUAAAAUCUUUUGCUAGAGCUCAAAUACCACCUUCAACCCUUAUCGAAUUCAAGCUCGCAGUUUCUCGUGGAAAUUAUCAUAAGAAUGUCGAUUCUUGCAAAAGAAACAGACUUCGUGUCAGAAAUUCCGCCAAUCAGGAAGAGGAAGCCCAAUUUUCUCAAGAAAAGGGUGCUCCUGACAAUGGGGGCGGCGGCCCCUCAACUAGCUUACUGUCUUUCCUUUGCCCCUUGCUUAAGCUCUUCUCUGCAGGAGAUCCGUCUGCAGAGCGGAACUAUCUACUAGAGGAGGCUACAUCUUCGUUAUCUACUUUAGCAAGGUUGUUGUGGGGCUCCAGAUCACUACCCCUUGUUUUAAACAACGAAAAGAGAGCAAAUCCUUCACUGCCUCUCCAACUAUAUGAAUUCGAGGCAUGCCCAUUCUGUAGGAGGGUCCGAGAGGCCAUUACCGAGCUAGAUCUCUCCGUAGAGAUCUUUCCAUGUCCAAAAGGGUCAGUAAGACACAGGGCAAUGGUCAAACGACUUGGUGGCAGGGAACAGUUUCCCUUCCUCGUAGACCUGAACACUGGAACUUCAAUAUAUGAAAGUAGCGACAUUGUUAAAUACUUAUUUCAACAAUAUGGAGGAAAUAGGAGUCCGUCAUUUGGCAUCUUGGAGAGCACACUGCUCACAGGAUGGGUACCGACACUACUUCGAGCUGGCAGAGGAAUGACAUUGUGGGAAAAUUCAGUAAAAGAAUCACCUCCUCGAAAAUUGGAGCUCUUCUCAUAUGAAAAUAAUCCCUAUGCUCGAAUUGUUCGUGAAGCACUUUGUGAACUGGAACUUCCUUAUAUUCUUCAGAGUGUGGGUGAAGGGUCUAUACGAAAAAGAAUGCUCAACGAGAUCUCCGGAUCAAAAGAGGUACCUUACCUUGUUGAUCACAACACCGGCGUGGAAAUCGGAGAUUACAAGAAGAUCGUUUCGUACUUGUUUGAAACGUAUAAUUCGAAGAGAGUUCCCGCAUAUCCCCAGCAGUGAAUGCUGUUAUUGAAGGAACUUGCAGCUAGCAAAUGGCUCGGCAUGCUUCCAUUAAACAUUUAGGUAUGUGUCUCUUUCAUUAUUAAUUGGAGAUGUUGAUAAAGGUGCAAGGGUUCAUUUGGUUUGAUGGAUGAGAUAAUAAGAUUGAUAAGACUGGAGGGGCGAUUAAAUAGUCCAUCCAAUUUUGAGAUGAUAAAUAAUCACUCAAUUGAUUGAUUAGAUACAGCCCGAGUUAUCAAUCAUGGACUCAAUCAUGCAAAUCGAACACUUGAUUAAGUUAGAUUCUUUUAUUAAUCAUGUCUUUUAUUACUCAAAUAAAACGUUUCAUAAAUGGUUUAGUUGAAGAACAAUAUAGUGUUUGUGGGAAAAUAUGAGAUUUGAUUAUAUAUAUAUAUAUAUAUGUGUGUGUGUGUGAUUACAAGAAUUUACACUAAUUAUUGCAAAGAUUUGAUCCCUAGACCUCCUUGUCACCGUAAAAAGUUGAAAAUAUAUUUUCUCUUGUAAUUCAUUUUCAGUCUAAUUAGUUAUUCAUAAAAUAUUGAAAGCUGCUUGAUAUGAGUGUUUUUUUUUGGAUCCAUGCUUUUUUGGGUUUAGUUAUGGAGCUGGAAAGUCCUGAACAUAGAUCACGCGUUGGUGUUACAGUUAGUUUAGGUAGAAUCUUUAUUUGAGUUGGAUUAAGGUUGACUUUUUAAUAUAAAUAUUUCCCUAAUCUCUGUACCUGUAUUCGAAAAUAUUACAUCGAAAAAUAUUUUACUUGAUAGUAGUUCCAACCAGAGUCACAUAGUGACAAGGUGGGUAAACAAUUCUUUUGUUUUUUCUUUGCUUUUAUGAUUAAUAGUACGUCUUCUUGUGCACCGUAUCACACAAUAUAUUUAUUUAUAUUUAGAAUUUUAAAUUAUGUAAAAAUAUGAAAAUGUCAUUAUUUAUGAGUUAGAUUAAUUGGUAAUAAAAAAAUUAUGUUAAUUUAAAUAUUAAUAUUUAAUUUAAAAUAGUGUAUAAUAAUAAUAUUAUCAACUCAAUGAGUAUUGUAUAAUAAUAAUAAUAAUAAUUAAAUACAUAUAAUAAUAACUUAAUUGUAAAGUAACUAAUUUAAGUCAAUUUUAUUUUGAGCUAAUAAAACUAAACUAUCAUUAUAACAAAAUUAAUAGUCAGAAUUGAAUAUAACAAUUUUGGGCUUUUAAAAAUUCAACGUGCAUUAUUAUAUAAAGUUCAUAUUUAAAUAGUUUAAAAAUAAUUAAAAAAUUAGGAAAAUACGAAUAAUAUAAAAAUUACUCCAUCCGUCUCACUAUUGUUGUCCCACUUUUCUAUUUGGGCUGUCCCACUAUUGUUGUCCCAUUUCCAUAUAAAGUAAGAAAUAACCCUUUAAAAAAUGUGAGUCCUACCACUUUUUAUCACUUUACACCUUCUUAAUUACCUUGCUCAAAAGUUUUGGGACAACAAUAGUGGGACGGAGGGAGUAAAAUAUAACAACAAAUAAUAAAUAAUUUGUUUGCGUAAUUAAACAUAUUUAUAGAGUAAUAUUUUAAAUUCUAAUUUUAAGAUAUAUAACUAACUUUUUAUUUACAAAUUCAUAUUAAAAUUAAUACUCCCUCCGUCCCAAACGAAAUGGCCUAUUUCUUUUCGGCACGGAGAUUAAGAAAUGUGUAUAUAGUAGUUAAAGUGGGUUUAUGAAAAUUAUUUAAAUAUUAAGUAUAGAGAGAGAGUGUAUUGCCAAAAAAGGAAAUAGGACAUUUUGUUUGGGACAGCCCAAAAAGGAAAACAAGACAUUUCGUUUGGGACGGAGGGAGUACUUAAUUAGUGAUUUUCAAAUAAUUUGAGGUCAAAUUUAUUUUUUAACUAAUUUGAUUAUUUUUUAAUAAACUUAUUAUACAUGUAAUUAAUGAUUUUUUUUAAAAGAAUUAAUUCAAAAAUAAUUAUAAAAAACGCCCCCCCACCUAAACGGCCUUCCUCCUCUCAUCCCCCAAAUCCCUAGCGUCCCCUCGCCAGCUAUGCCGUCGGCCUAACCCGCACACUUUCUUAAUUUCUUCCUAAUCCACCAAAUCACAAAUCAACAAAAAAACAUUAAAAGAAAAAUGAGUUCGAUAAUAAUAAUCUGAAGCAGCAAUCCAACGCUCCAUAUUUACUCAAAUGCUAAUCAAUUUCCCAAAACACAUUUCCCCUAGAAUAUUUCCUACAUUUUCUAGCUCACCGAAUCAAGAAUCCUAACCCGAAACCUAUUUGGGCCCCAAGGGCCCGCUCUGCGGCCCAAAUCUCUGCCUUCUACGCUCCGGCUUAGUGCUAAAACAGGUGGCUGGGGCAUGGCGGUUGAGAGGAGCUGCUAUUGUCGCCAGAGGUUGAAGAGGGUGAAGGCUGAGAUUUGGGGAAACUAGGGCUUCAGACGUAGAUGAGAAGAUGAAUCAGAGAGAGGUUCAGACUUGAGAGGCGUCGGUGGUGAGGCGAGAGUGCCGGGGGGUGGCGCUAUCGCCGGAGAUGAGGAGAAGUUGACGGUUGUAUGUGUUGAUUUUAGUGUGUCUGCGUGUGUUUUUGUGAAGAAAUAGUUGGGAAAAAAUGAGGAGCAACGACUUAUUUACUUUAGUUAAGAAGAAAUAAGGUAAAUUUUCUAAUUAUUUCUCAAAAUAGAAUGACUCAAUUUCGUUGGAACGUCCAAAAAAAAAAAAUACGAUUCACUUUCGUUAGGACGGAUGGAGUAUGAUUUAAAAAUAUUUAAAUUUAAAAUAAUUAUAAUUAAAUAAUCAUGUAAACUGUAUUGAAAGGAAAAAAAUGGCAUCUACUUAUUUUUUACCAACCGAUGAAAACAAAAUGAAAAACAAGUAUGAUAUUCAACAUUAGAGAUAAGUAAGAGCUACCAAAAAUUAAUUUUGACACUAAACGAUCGUAAUUUAUUUAUUUCAAUUUUUUUUUUAAUUUUUACAUCAAAUUAAACAUGUUCUCGUAAUUUUUAAUUUAAUAUUCAUAUUGAAUAUUUUUCAUGAAUUAAAGUUAACGAUUUUUAAAAGAAUUAAAAUAGAAAAAAGAAUAAAUAAGAGAGAAAAUUUGGAGUUAAAAACAAUUCCUCUUCUAUUCACUCUUCGUCUCAUUAUAAGUGACUCAAAACUUUUGAGCACAUAAAUUGAGGGGAAUGUGUAAAUUGAUUCAAUGCGGUAGAGCCUACACUUUUUUAAGAGUUAAUUUUUGCAUUUUAUGAAAACAUGCCACUUAUACUCGAACAUCCCAAAAAUAGAAUACAUGUAACUUUUAGUAUGACAGAGGGAGUAUUAUAUAUAAAUUUUGUGCCUAAUUUGCAAUAUUUUUCCGCAUAAGAAAAAAUAGCUACAUGUUGGAGAUGAUUCCAACCACACGUCUGAAUUUUAGAAUCAUGUUUUUUUUUUUUUUGAAACUAGAAUCAUGCUCUUAUUUAUGCUGUCACUGAGAUCAAACUCAAGGGAAGAUGUGGGAUCGUCCAAGUAUUACUAACGCUCUGUGCGUGCAGUGCUUCUUGGUAUGUGAGUGAUGAGGAGCUCGAUCAGUCAAGACGUUCCGUAUUUGAGCAUACUAUUUUAAUUGAAUUGUCGUGGUAUAUCGGGGAUUUGCUAAAGAAGAUGGAGCAAAUUAUGACUUUAAGUGUAUUGUUUGACUAA